AUGAGUAUUAAUUAUGCAAGUAAAGUAUAAUCGAUUAUAAACAAGAAUUAGGAAAGAGAAGCAGAAGAUAAUCGUUAAAUUCUGAUUUUAUGCAAAUACAUAAGUCUUCAUAAGUAAGGCUAUAUCAAUCUUAUAUUUAAAGAAUAAUAAAACAUUCACAGAUUCAAUAUCUGUUUCACUUCAUCAAUCAAAGUCAACUUUUAACAAAAAGAAUAUUUCAAAAUUAGACUUGUAACUAAAAUAUUUAUUAACAAAUAUAGAGAUGAUCCAUUUGGUAAUCUUAAAAGUAAAGUGAUUGAUUCCAAACCAAAAACUGAAGUUACAAGAAAGAAAUUUAUGUUCAAUCAAAAAGGUUAAAUGAAGAACUUUCUCAAUGCUAUUGAUGACUAUAUUGAACAAUUAAAUGAGAAUUCAGAUUGCUGCACUAUAACAUCCGAUUCUUAAAGUAAUUUAGAGAAUAUGUUGUUUCUUAAAUUUAAUAUUAUUCAAAAAAAGUAGGAACAAUUAAAAAUUAAAUACAAAAAAUUAUAACAAUCUCAUUCUAUUGAGAGAUGUGAGAAUUAGACAUUGAAAAAUCAGUUGUAUGAUUUGCAUCGUCAACUAGAAGUAGAGUAAAGGAAAAAUUAAAUAUAGCAGAUAAAUUUAGAGAGAUAGGAAUAAAAAAAUAAAGAAUUAAAAAUAAGAUAUCAAUAUUUAUCAAAUUCUUAUCUUAGAGAAAAAUUGAAAUAAGAAAAUUAAAAAUUAAAAAUAUUGCAGAAUAGUAUUUCAAUAUAAGAAAGUAAUAUUGUAUAAAAUAAUAAUUAUAUUUAGCCUUAAGAUACAAGUUAAUCUAGUUAAUUGUUAGAUGACAGUACAGUGAGAAGAUUUCUAAAAUCAUAAAUUCGAAAAUUAAAAUAAAAUAAUAGAAAAAUUGAUGAUUAUUCUAAUCUUUAUAAAAAAUAUAGUGAACAUAACAUUGAAAACUUUUGA